CUGGCUCCGUGCUCCCCUUAAUCUGCCAAAACCUCUUCUCCUAGGAACUCCCCCCUUUCCUCUGCUGGCUGCCACCCCAGUCCAGGAAGGUGGGUGUCUGUCAAGGAGCAGCUGGUUGCUUUCCCAGUGGCAGUGCCUUCUGCAGGGGAGGCAGGGAUUUGGCUGCUCUCCUUGGUGCCUAUUUGCACGGUUCCAUCCUUCUUCUGAUUUGCCAUCUCUCCUAGAGAGUGAAGCUCCAAGGUUUCUCCUGGCCUGGCUUUGGUUCUUCUUUUCCCCAAUAUCCGCCCUGUCCCCCAGCUGUCUUCCUCAGGCGCCCAUGACUCUCAGGCAGCGUGGUGUGGGGCUGGUGGGUGAAACCUGAGAUGCAUUCUUGUCUUGCUCCCCUGGCAGCCUUGGGCUGGAGGCCCCCAAUCAAACCACUUUGUGAGCAUGUUGAUGUCUAGUACCAGAAGAUUAACUUAGUGGGAGAACAGGCUGGGUGACGUUUCCCCACCAUCUACUGAAACAUGAAGACCAAAAGCAAAAGAACGAAGCACAGGCUUGCUGUUGACAAAGAAGCCUUUCUUGGGGAGACAACUUUGAGCAAAGAGGAACCGGUGAAAUGUUUGCGACGUAAAGAAAGGAGAAAUGGCAGAAACAAUGAGAGCAACAAGACUGGUACAGUCAAAGCCAAACAUGCUUGGAACAACAAAGACAGACACUUGAGGCGAUUGGAAAGCAAUGAACGGGAGAGGCAGAGAAUGCACAAGCUCAAUAAUGCAUUCCAGGCCUUGCGGGAGGUUAUCCCUCAUGUGAGAGCUGAGAAUAAACUUUCUAAAAUUGAGACUCUUACACUAGCCAAAAAUUACAUUAAAUCACUGACUUCCACCAUACUCCAUAUGUCCAGUGGGCACCUUCCAACUGUAGAAGGAACUGGGGCAGCCAGUAGCUCCAAACUGUACCAGCAUUACCAACAGCAACAUGGCGAUGAGGAACACGAUGAACAGCUAAAAAAAUACUCCACACAAAUUCACAGCUUCAGACAAGGCAGCUAAAGUUAGCUACUGGCCUCAUUCUCUCUUCUCCACACAUUCCUGUAUAUUUCAGCAUUUGGAGGAUUAAGGGGUUAUUUCCUCCUGGGGGGUUUCUUUUUUGUUUGUUUUUGGAAAGACAAAUGUUUAGUGACUAGAUCUCAUAGUUCUUGUUGAAAUUAUCCUAAAUUGUAGGUCAGGCUUUUCAAAGAGAUUAGUGAUUUUGGUUGCCCGAUUUGAAACACCUUCUCUGUUCUUAUAGUUUUUGUUUACCUGCUUUGUUUGUAAUUUUCCUGAGGUCAGAAUGUUCUUUUAAUUUGUAAUGAGAAAUUGUUUGAUUGUUCAACACCCAGAUUGCUUUUGCAGGGCAGGCUUUAUAAAUAAAUUAUUUUUCAGUGGGCAGGGGUGCUCUGCACAUUAGCAAAAUUACUCUUUUUAUAAGACUUUUACUUCCUCUAGAUAGUCAAGUUCGACCGUCUUCUCGGCGCUCCACCAGGGCCGUGACCGACCCCGGCAGGGCUGAUCCGAGGACCUCACUAAACCAUCCAAUCGGUAGUAGCGACGAGUUGGGCACCCAACAGUGAUGUCCUAAAUCACUAGUCAUUAUUUAAAACUUAACUUCUAUUACUCCAGAAGUGACACCAUGUAAUGGGGAAUCUUGGUGCAGAAAUAAUGAAGUUUAUGGCCCGGUAUAGUACUUUGGAAUGUAUACAGCUACUGGAGGGACAUAUCUAACUGACCUGAUGUUUGGAUAGCAGGACUAAUUUCUUUAACCACAAUUACCUGGAUUUUUUUCCCUUGAGUUCUUAAAUAUCCUGCUACUCAGAGGGAGGAACACAUUUUAAUGACAAUAGAAACAUAUUUUGAGUAGUUUAAUUAGUGUGAUCGAACAGGUAUGAAUACUGCCUAACAAAAUGGCCUUAGAUCAGACCCUAAAUGCCCUAAACCAGCACUUCUCAAACUUCAUUGCACCGUGACCCACUUCUGACAAGAAAAAUUGGGGUGCUACAUGCCGUGGGUGGGGGCAUGUAACCUUAGCCCGGGGUGGUGAGGCUCAGGUUUUGGCUUCAGCCCCGAUGGGGGUGGGGCUUGGGCUUCAGACUUGCUGUGGGCCAGGGCCAACACCAGCCUUGGUGACCCCAUUAAAAUGGGGUUGCGACCCACUUUGGAGUCCCAACCCACAGUUUGAGAACCCCUGCCCUAAACUCAUUGAAGUAAAUGGAAAGGUUCCAAUUCACUUCAGUGGGCUUUGGGUCACGGUCCUAAAAUGUAGUCCUACAAGUACACUUAAAAUGCACAAUAAUUAAUGUGAUCCUUGUUGCAUUAUAUAUAUUUGAAAGUGCCUUUUAACAGAAACAUUAAAAGAGAUUUGUUAGAUUGUAAGCUCUUCUAUGCAGGAGCUUGUCUUUGGCUGUCUUUGUACAGCACCCAGUCCAAUGGGACCCCAGUUCCAUUUGGACCCUUUGGAUGCUAUUGUAUUAUAAAUAUUUAACAGUUAAUUCACUUGUGAUCUUUGCAAAAAUGAUGUGAUUGCAGAACAAAUGUUUUAUAUAUUUACAGGUUGGACAAUGAUAAUCUGUGCUUUUAAAA